CUUUAUGUCAUCACAUCACUCAGCCAAAUACGAAAUUUAAAAUGUCAUUUAAUUUUUAUCGAUUUUUGUUUAAAUGUUACUAAAACUAACUAACGCACAUCACUAAAAAAAUAUGCUGUCAAAAUGUUGACACACGACUCACCUACGAAAGACUAGGCAGUAUGGUCGAAAGACUUUAGCCUGCCCUAUGGGCAAAAAAAAAAAAAAAUUGACACACGACUCGUUGGCGGGAGCUUACGAAAUUAAAUUAGGCGUUUGUUUACCUUUUAACAUUUAAAUAUUUGAUUAAAAUGGCUAGUGAAGCUGUGUUAAAAUAUUUAGUAGACACGAAUCGUCCGUAUUCUUGUGCAGAUGUGACAGUUAAUUUGCGUGGAGCGUUUCCAAAGUCAGCAAUACAAAAAGCAUUGGACGCUUUGAGUGAAGCUGGUAAAAUCAAGUGCAAAUUGUAUGGAAAACAGAAGGUUUAUGCUGCUAUACAAGUAGACACAGUUACUGAAGAGAGUGAUAAAACUGACUACGAUGCCUUAUUCAAAACUCUCACUCAAGAAUUAGCAGACAAAACAAAUGCUUUGAAAACAGUUGAAAUAAAUUUAAAAAACUUAACAUCAACACCAACCACAGAUUCAGCAAAAACAGCUAUUAAUGAAAUUAAGAAUAGAACAGAGGCAACUGAAAAAAAGUUGGAAAUAUUGAAAACCUCCACAGAGGUUGUAAGUGUUGAAGAAAAGAAAAUUAUUAUGACUGAGCAUGAGAAAUUGUUGAAAGAAUAUAGAAAACGCAAAAGAAUUUGCAGUGAUAUGCUAGAUGCUGUCCUAGAAGGGUAUCCUAAAUCCAAGAAGACAUUAAUUGAAGAACUCUGUAUAGAAACAGAUGAAAUGGUUAAUUUUAAGUUGAUGACUAACUCUUAAGAUGCCUGUUGAUUGAUUACUUGAUUACAUUGCAUUUGAUGAAAUAAAUCAUACUUUUUCCUGCAAUAUUAAAUUUUCAAUAAAUGUG